CCAUGGCCGACGACGAGACUAGACGCGAAACCUCCAGACUGUGGCGCGUCUGGAAGACGACCAAGCAGCUGUGCUACGACAGACCGAAGAUGAACUCGAUGUCUCCCUCGACCAAUUCCGCGACCAGUGCGGCGACGGCAGCGGCCAGGUCAACAAAAUCCAAGAUGAACUUCCAAGCCCGCCCCUCAGAAGCCAUGCUCACAAAAUACACCGCCCUGCCCACAAAGUCCAACCCCAACCCCGAGCCCCAAAUCGGCACCAUCUACGUCGAGUUCAGCACAGAAGCCGCAAUCGGCAUCAAGCACCUGCGCAACUACGCCCAAUUCCUCAACGACCGCAACUUUUACUCUGGCAUCUACAUUACCAGUGCUUCCGUCACCACCAGCGCUCUCAAGCAAGCUGCAAAUCUGCCCAUCGGUAUCGAGGUCUUCCAAGAGACGGAUCUGCUGGUCAACAUCACCAAGCACGAGCUGGUGCCCAAGCAUAUCUUGUUGAGUCCGGAGGAGAAGAAGGCAUUGCUGGAUCGCUACAGAUUGAAGGAGACCCAGCUUCCCCGUAUUCGUGUCGAAGACCCUGUGGCCAAGUACCUCGGUCUGCGCAGAGGUCAGGUCGUCAAGAUUAUCCGAAAGUCCGAGACUGCUGGUCGUUAUGCCAGUUACCGCUGGUGCAUA